GAUCUCGGAAAGACGCCGGGGCGGCCUGGGGAAGAAGCUGAUGGAGCCGCGCCCGGGGCCCGAGGGGCCGGAGCCUGAGCCCGAGCUCCAGGGUGCGGGAGUGUCGCGGUCCGCCUGCCCCUUCUUGACCUGGAGUGCUGAGGAGGUGGCGGAGUGGGUGGCACACCUCGGCUUCCCCCAGUACGAGGAAUGCUUCAGGGCCAACGGCAUCACCGGCCGCCGCCUCGUCCUCGCCAACUGCUCCAACCUGCCCGCCAUGGGCGUCACGGACUUCUGCCACAUGCAGGAAAUUUCACGACAUGUGCGAGAGUUGCUGGGGAUUGAGGAGCCUCUCUUCAGCAGAUCAAUUGCCCUCCCAUACAGAGACAACAUGGGUCUCUUCCUAGAGAGAAAGUCUCGAACAGGAAAGAAAGCAGAUGCCCUCACUUUCACAGAGUUUAUUGAAAAAGCAGGACUGGAGUCCUAUACUACAGUUCCUCCUUUGCCACAGUCCCAGACCACAGUAGAAGCGGAUACAGUUCCUUCUUUGGAAGGAUCCCAGACCGAGGUGGGAGCGGAUGCUCUCCCUGUCUCGCAGGACACCCAGAGGCAGAAUUAGAGACUCAGGCUGCACUUCCGCCUCGUAAGAAGCCCAGCAGUAGCAGCAGACUAGACCCUUAUUACCUUGCAGAUUGUCCAAGGAGGUGCAGUUCCGCCUUUUCCCAAUUAUAGAAAAGGCCACUGCAGCUCUUAAACAUUUGAUUAGACCAAACACAUCCCCACAUUGUCUCUUUCCUGCAAUCCUUCAUUUGCUUAUAGGAACCAAGUGAAGCAGAAGCUCUAGGUCAGACCACUGUGUCUUUCACUUCUUCACAGUUGAUUAAAAAGACCAAAAAACAAUCAUAUGCAUAUUUUAACCACAAGUGAUUGACGACAACUUGCCAGAUGCUCAAGUGAAUAGAUUUCUCCCAGUCUUUAGUGCUGGCAGACUGGGCUCACUUUGAAGCCCAGGUGUAUGUUAUUGUAUGUAUGGCACAUACAAUAACAGGCAUAACAGGUGUGGCUACAGCUGCUAUCAGCCAUCAUAAUUAAGUGAGGGGCCUCGUUGCAAUGUGCACAACUAGUCCCUGGCCUCACCACAGAAAUUAUUUCCUGUGAGGCAAAACCGGGUAGGCAGUGUCUUACCAUGGUAAACAGUACUGAAACACGAUAGAUGGUGGCAAGAAGCAUGAGAGAAUACUGUAAGCUGGACCAGAGAAUUUAGGGAAUAAAGCUUGCUUUUUCCUGGGUGGA